GCAAACUUCCUUCUGCCACACAUGCACACCAGGUGACUUUACAGUAAGACUUCAAGGGAACCUGCAUACCGACGCAAGAUGAGGUUGUUAGUUGUUAUCGCUGCUGUUUUGGUUGCAGCCAGUGCUGCUAGUCUUUCUUUGGAGGACAUGGAGUUUCAUGCAUGGAAAUUGAAAUUUGGUAAGAGCUAUAGGUCUGUGGAGGAGGAGUCCCAGCGUAAAUUGACCUGGUUGUCCAAUCGUAAACUGGUUUUAGUCCACAACAUGCUGGCAGACCAGGGCAUCAAAUCUUACAGACUUGGCAUGACUUACUUUGCUGAUAUGGAUAAUGAGGAGUACAGACGGGUUAUUUUCCAUGGAUGUCUGAGCUCUUUCAACAGGACUAAGGCCCGUGAUGGUGCUACAUUCUUCAGGCUGGCAGGGGGAGCUGUGCUGCCUGAUUCUGUGGACUGGAGGGAUAAGGGCUUUGUGACUGAUAUCAAAGACCAGAAGCAGUGUGGAUCAUGCUGGGCUUUCAGCGCUACUGGUUCUCUGGAAGGUCAGACAUUCAGGAAGACAGGAAAACUGGUUUCCUUGAGUGAGCAGCAGCUGGUGGACUGUUCUGGUAGUUUUGGAAACUUUGGCUGUGGUGGGGGACUAAUGGAUCAGGCAUUCCAAUAUAUCGAAGCCAAUAAAGGUCUGGAUACAGAGGAAUCAUACCCUUAUGAAGCCCAGGACGGUCAGUGCCGCUUCAACCCAAAUACAGUGGGUGCCACCUGCACAGGAUAUGUAGAUAUCACCAGUGGGGAUGAAAGUGCACUACAAGAGGCUGUUGCCACGAUCGGCCCUAUAUCUGUUGCCAUAGAUGCUGGACACAACAGCUUUCAGCUCUAUGAAUCAGGUGUCUACGAUGAGCCCGAAUGCAGCAGCUCUGAUUUGGAUCAUGGUGUGCUCGCUGUUGGUUAUGGAACUCAGGAUGGAGAGACCUAUUGGCUGGUCAAGAACAGCUGGGGUCUGGGAUGGGGUCAGAAGGGCUACAUCAUGAUGUCCAGGAACAAGAAUAACCAAUGUGGCAUUGCUACGGCAGCCAGCUACCCUAUGGUCUAAAUAAGGAAGGACACUGUGUGCCAAAAGGAUAUGGGAGGAAAAGAUAUGAAUGAUUCUUUAAUAAUACCUCAUAAUUGCCGUUGUAAUUUAUGUUGUUAAUGUUGUUAAACAAAAGCUGUCUUUAAUAGUAAUUUUUUACUUAAAAUCCUUGACACGGAGAACACUAUGUUAUUGUAAGAGUGAAUAAAAUAUUUUAAAUUAAAGCG